CGCGCGGGGGGUCGGCGCGCGCGGGCCGGUGGCGGCCGAUCCGUGCGGAGCCAUGUGGAGCGGGCACGGGAACUUCGACGGCGGGUACGGCACCGUGGGCGGCGCGGGGCCCCCGGGCGGCUACCUGCAGUCCCCAGGGGGGUUCGGGUCGCCCGCCGGCGCCCAGGCGGAGAAGAAACAGCGGAGCCGCUCGCAGAACAUCGUGCCCUGCACGGUGUCGCAACUGCUGGCGGCGGAGCAGGUCGACGAAACAUUCCGGAUCUGCGACGUGGAGAUCUCGCAGGUCACCGUCGUGGGCAUCGUCCGGCACGCGGAGAAGGCGCCCACCAACAUCCUCUACAAAGUGGAUGACAUGACAGCAGCGCCGAUGGACGUCAGGCAAUGGGUUGACACCGAUGAGGCAGGAGGUGAGAAUGUUGUGGUACCUCCAGGAACUUACGUCAAAGUAGCUGGUCACCUCCGUUCAUUCCAGAAUAAGAAGAGCUUGGUGGCAUUUAAGAUCAUGCCUCUGGAAAAUAUGAAUGAGUUCACCACACACAUACUAGAGAUUGUCAAUGCACAUAUGAUCCUCAGAAAAAAUCUUAUGUCAGCGUCGAGUGCGCCACCGUCGUUCCCCUCCGCUGGGAUCAGUGACAGGGGGGGCUAUGGAGGAGGUGGCAGCCUGCCAGUGAACGGGCUCACGGCACAACAGAGCCAGGUACUGAACUUGAUAAAAAGCUGCCCUGUCCCAGAAGGUAUGAGCCUGCAAGAGCUGAAACUUCAGCUCCGCAGUGUGAGCAUGUCAACGAUCAAGCAAAUCGUGGAAUUCCUCAGCAGCGAGGGACACAUCUACUCCACGGUGGAUGAUGAUCACUAUAAGUCAACAGAUGCUGAGUGAAGUUCCCUCCAGCUAACUUUAGUUCCAAAAAAUGCUUGUCUAUGUUUCAAGAUACCCUGCCAAGCUCAGUGACGUGGAGGGUGAUCUUUGCUCUUUGUAGAGGUCCCAGUUACUCUGUGAAGGCCUCCUCAUGGAAUUCCAGGACAAGCAGAACGUACAGGAUUCUGUUAACUGGACUUGAUUCUAUGCUGUGACCAUGUGACUGAAAGCCUAGACACGGGAAAAGCGAACUCCUCAAAGCUUCAGAACCUUCAUUUUGUUUUGGCUCCUUAAAAGAUGCCUGUUAGAAAGAGGAGCCUCUUUCUAAUCUUUGUUUCUAGAGCUGUUUCUCCUAACUCAGCUUCCCUUCUAUUCAUUCACAAAGUGGGCAGCCAUUCCACUAAUGUACAGCAAUCAUGAAAAGAUUUUUUUAUUUUUUAGUCUGUGCAUUUAAAUCUAUAUUUGUACUAGAGGUGAUCUUGUUUCUAGAGCUUUUCAACAUUUCCAAUAAAACUGUAACUUGGGGAGCCUUGCCUGCA